UCCUUUUCACUCAUGGAAGGAGCGCUGUGGAGCGGGGUCAUGUGUUGUCUGUGAUCAAUCUCUUAACUUCUUAGUCUUCUCCCCCCGAUUACCGAGACACCGAGAGGCGACGUGCCGCUGUACAUGAGUUAUGAUGGGCGGUAAGACGAGCGCGAUCGCUGCCGGGGUCUGCGGGGCCCUUUUCAUCGGCUACUGCAUCUACUUCGAUAGGAAGAGGCGGAGUGACCCCAACUUCAAGAACAGAUUGCGAGAACGAAGAAGGAAGCAAAAGCUUGCAAAAGAGAAGGCUGGUCUUUCCAGGUUGCCAGACCUGAAGGAUGCCGAGGCGGUUCAGAAGUUUUUCCUUGAGGAGAUCCAGCUGGGAGAGGAGCUGCUGGCACAAGGAGACUAUGAGAAGGGCGUGGACCACCUGACGAACGCCAUCGCGGUCUGCGGGCAGCCCCAGCAGUUGCUACAGGUGCUUCAGCAGACGCUGCCCCCACCUGUGUUCCAGAUGCUUCUCACAAAGCUGCCAACCAUCAGCCAGCGCAUCGUGAAUGCACAAAGCCUGGCUGAAGAUGACAUCGAGUAGGGGGGCCAGGCGGCCAGUCCAGAGGCAGACCACUUGCUCAGAGUCCCCCAGUCUCCUCCUUGGCCAUCCCAGGAUCAUGGGAGGCAGUGCGGCCUUGGUUCCAGCAAAACAAACGAUCCCCAGCGAGGAGCCUCGUUUUGUAUCUCAUCCAGCUCAAUUCGAUUUUCAAUUUUUUUUAAUUUAUUAUUCCUUCUUAACACCUGUGAUUUUGAUACGUUCCCUCCUGUCUUUCCAGUCCGAUCGAGUGCUUGUCCCCCAUCUCGGACUGUCUUUAGCUUUCCGACAGUGUGAGCAUCCCAUCGUCACACAGUAGAAGUGUGAAGUCUGCACGUACCAUGUGUAAUAACAUAAAUACAGACCUCUUGCUCGGUUAAAAGCAAAACGGGAAUUAAAAACUACAAAGGAA